GCCGGGCUGAGAGUGCUGCGCAGGACACGUGCGCAUCAUCGCUGCAUCUCGCGUGGACCGAGGGGUGAGAGUGGGAGCUUUGCGUGGGCUUUUUGAAAAUUCGCACUGAGGGGAAGGGCUUGAAGCGUGGUGCCAACCAAAAAAAAGCAUCAAAUCCUGUUCAAUUGUGUUCUAGCAUUCGGAGAGUGAACACGCUGCGAUUUCCCGUGCACAGUAUUCUGCGACGCCAUUGCUCAACCGACGCCACAAACCGACGCCAUCACCCGGGGAGCUUGGGAGCCUAGGGAGUGUGGAUUUUCUGCCUCGUGACCGUUUGCCAGCGGUGAGUACCGGUUAUUUUUGGUGACUGUUAGACUAGUGCUUGUGUGGGGGGAUUAUUUUGUGCCAACGGACAACAGCAAACUUGCGUCUUGGUGCGACUUGGUGCAGUGAGGCCCGCAAGAUGGCGGGCCCGAGUGGAGGCGGGUGGGGACACGGUCCCCCCCCAGUGAAUAAAAGGGGUCGUCAGGCCCCCGAAUGGCUCGAUCCAGCGAACGUACACGGCGAACUGCGCUAUCUGAUUUUGGCGCCCCAGAAGGGUUUUGCCAUUCCGAAGAACGCGUUUUUGAUCGAGAAAAGCCUCUCGCCGUUCGUCGGUCCCAUCGAGCCUUGCGUGCCGAUGGACCAGGGCGCGCGAUAUCUCAUGAAAACACGCAGUCGUGAGCAGUUCGACAAACUGCUUGCGAUCAAGAAACUGAUCGAUGGUACCCCGGUGGAAAUCACCUCUGACCGAGCUCGCAAUACCGUACAGUGUGUGAUGGUCACUCCGUGUCUGGACGGACUAACGGACGAAGAGAUUCUGGCCCAAAUCGAGGGAACUAAAAUCGUGGAGGUGAAGCGGUUCAUGCGCAAGGUGGACGGUGCGGUGAAACCGACCAACGCCUACCUACUACGUGUCGACUCGGUCACGGUUCCGGAGGAGGUGCGCGUUGGCUGCAUCUCGGUGCGCACGCGUCCCUACUACCCCCGGCCCAUGAUAUGCUUUAAAUGCUUGAUUGUGGGACACACCACGGCUCGGUGCAAUUCUGCUCCAGCCUGCCCGAACUGCUCAAUGCCGGAGCAUGGAUCUUGCAACAACCCACCCCGAUGCAAAAACUGCAAAGGAGAUCACGCUACCCUGAACCGCUCCUGCCCGGUCUAUCUGGCCGAACAGAACAUUAUCCGCAUCAAGGUGGAUAACUGUAUCAGCUACCCAGAAGCGCGCAAAAUAUACAGUCAGGUACAAGAGUCCGCCGUCCAAAAGCGACUGGCUAAUGCACAGCAACAACCACAACAACCACAACCACUGCAACAACAACAACCACCACAACCACAACCACAACCACAACCACUGCAACAACAACAAAUCGACACGGCACUGGCCGAACGCGACGCCAAAAUAGAACAGUUAACGGCUAUGAAUGCACACAUUAACUCGAAAUUAAAUUCGAUUCUCGCAAAGUUCCAGCAAGUGAUUGAGGAACGUGACUUCUUGAAAAGCCAGCUCCAAUCCCGACGCAAGAACAAGCACACCGAAAACGCCGACUCGAACCACACGGACUCGAACAGCGACAGCAACGCUGACGCGAACUCGAGCCCAAACAUGGACACUAACGGGGAACAGAACAUCGACUCAAACAACACUAACGCGAACAACAACACGAACACGGACGCAAACACAGCUACGCAAAAGGACUCGAAGACUUCUACCUCGAUCGGACCGAAACGAAAAGCCUCCCCCUCAUCCUCAUCCUACAGCACCGUCGACACAACAAGCGAAGAGAAAAUUCCUCACGGCAACAACAGUACACCAUCGAAAACAAAAUCGCACAAAAGGGGAAAACGCAGAUCCCAAAAGCGAAAACUAGGCUUUAGACACUGACCUAACGCUUCGAAUUAGACUUCUGCUCUCGAUACUUGGCACUAUUUAUUUGAAUAAUUAAAAUUCCACAACACAAACAACUCUACUGCUAACAUCUCUCCGCUUAUCCUCAACUGGAACAUCAGAAGCCUUAAUUCAAACAUUGACGAAUUACAAACCUUAGCAACUAAACACCAACCAUAUAUAAUCACACAAAAAAAAAACAAUGCCUAUUCCACCUAUUUUUAACAAUCCCUUCACCCAAUACCAAUGGUAUUUUAUUAAAAAAAAUACAAGUAAUCAAAUAAACCUCCAUACCGAGCAUUAUUUUUCGACCAAAUCGUGCCUUCGGGCCUCACUGCAAGAAUAUCAAAAAUGCAUCAUACCUCGUUUAAACACAAUUUGUAAGUUGGCACAGAAUAGCACCCCUCCCAGGGCGCUGUCGGCAGUCCCAAAGGGCUGGUUCUUGCCGCGGCCGCUGUACGGGGCGGAGGUUACCUCACUAGGUUUCUUAGUUCUUUAUCCAACAGUUCGCUCCACUACACUGUCGGGCUGUCAAGCAGAACAAUAAAAGAAAGGAUCAUCAAGCCAACUCUCAUACAAAGAGCUAGUAUAACAUGGAUUUCACCAUAGAACACGACUGUCCAGGAAUAUAAGCAAAACCGUGGUACAAUCUCAGCAUCAAAUAGACUCAUGGGCAGAUUAUCCUUCCACGAAGUCAUCGCAGAUUAGUCAUCGCAGAACACUACAGUCAACUGAAUUGUUCUGAAUAUGCUAACAUAAGAGUCAAACUCAACUCAACUCACCAAAGCAAACCGUACAGCCUCUGGAAACGACAAACUAUCUAUAAAGUGAAAAUAAUGGAUUACCAGCAUUACAGUCAAGCACCUUUAACUGAAUUGCUUAAAAUAUGAAAACAUAAGAGUCAUAACUCAACUCAGCUCAACUUACCAAAGCAAACCGUACAACUUCUGAAAACGACAUACUAUAAGCGAAAGUAAUGGAUUACCUGAAAGAGACAAUUGCUGGAUUAAUACAACAUCGGAACAUGUCUUACAGAACGAUACAAAAACAGAAAUGAAAGUUAUAAGUUAUCUAAAAGAGACCAUGUUACUGGAUGAUAUAUAAUCCACCAAAAGAGGCGAAUGAGCUAGUCCUCAAAGUCUCUAUAAAAAUAAGUAAAAGAAAAGAAAGGCGAACAAAAGUGAACAUUUCUAUACAUUUUCUUUGGAAAUCUGCGAAUUUCAUCUGUUCUACUGCAAACAC